GAAAAUUUUCAUGUAUUUAACUAUUGCAAAUAAUUUAAAACACAUAGUAUAAUUUUUCAUCAUCAAAAUGCUUACCACUGUAUUGUCAAACGUGACCAUUCAUCUAGAAAAAAAGUGCGAAGUAAUGCUGAUUCAACAAAAAUAACAAUCCCGUCAAAAAAAAACAAAUAUAACAAUACUUAUUUUAAGAAGAAGAAAAAAAAAUAACAAAAAUAACAAUACCACCCACCAAAACCACGUUUUUUGCAAAGUAAGGGAAAAAACAGUGGGGGCAGCCGGCAAUCUUUUGUUAAAACCAGUGAACAAAAACUAUGGGCAGUUUCCCGGUCACCAAAUUAAAAAUAUCCAAAACCAUUUUUCUAAAAACCGCUUAACCGCUCUUUGUAUUUCCUCCUUUCUAGUUUCUACCCGUAUAUUUAUCUAUUCCUUACCACUCUUCUUCCAAAACUACUCCCAUUUUUUCUCUCUCCUCUAAAAACCUGAUAAAACCACCUAUUUUGUUCAAUUUUAUGCUCAAAAGUCUAGAUUUUCAUCAUCAUCCAGCGUGCAAAUUUUAUUUUAUUUUUGGGUUUCGUUUUUUUUUAGAGUUGCAAAUACUCUGACUUCAAAGAUUAAAUCUUUUUCUUUGUUGUAUCUUUAGUACAAAUAUAAUGGAGGGAAGUGGGUUGUCAGGAAGAAUAUAUUCAAAUAACGGUGGGGUUGGAAUUCUUGGUUUAGAAAUGCCAUUACAUAAACCACCACAAAACACUCCUCAACACCACCUUCAAAACCACCCAAAAGCGGCGGCGUUUAGCCACCGCCACCAACAACAACCACCCCAUGAACAACAACACACUCAGUUGUCAAUGAAACAACCCACCAAUUUCAUGCCAUACAAUAAUAAUCCCAACCCGAAUUUGAACUCGAAUCCGAACCCAAAUCAAAAUUCAAAUCCAUGUGUCAAACCCAAAAUCCAAAUGACCCAAUUGACCAAUAGUGAUGAUGAUGAACCAAGUUGUGCAAAUGAUCAUGAAAACAGUUCAUUAGAUGGGAAGAGAAAAGGGAGUAGUAAUAUUUCUCCAUGGCAGAGAAUGAAGUGGACGGAUAAUAUGGUUAGAUUGUUGAUCAUGGCGGUUUAUUAUAUUGGGGAUGAAGCCGGGAAUGAGGUGGCUGCUGAGAAGAAGAAACCGGGUGGCGGUGGAGUAGGCGGCGGAGGUGGGAUGUUACAGAAGAAGGGGAAAUGGAAGUCGGUUUCGAGGGCAAUGAUGGAGAAGGGAUUUUAUGUGUCACCACAACAAUGUGAGGAUAAAUUCAAUGAUUUGAAUAAGAGGUAUAAGAGGGUGAAUGAUAUUUUAGGAAGAGGGACUGCUUGUAAGGUGGUGGAGAAUCAAAGUUUGCUUGAAACAAUGGAUAUUUUGCCGAAAAUGAAGGAAGAAGUCAGGAAAUUGCUUAAUUCUAAGCACUUGUUUUUCAGGGAAAUGUGUGCUUAUCAUAAUAGUUGUGGGAAUGGAACUAGCGAGGCGACAGCGACGGCAGCAGCAGCAGCAGUGUCCCCUGUUUCUGUUGCAGAGGCACAGCAAAAUCAUCCGCAGCAGCAGCAGCAGCAGUGUUUCCAUUCAUCAGCGAUUCCGCCGAAUAGUUCACACAAACUAGGAUUAGGGUCAGAGGAUCAUGACGAUGAUGAUGAGGACGACGAUGAUGAAGAUGAUGAGGAUGAAUUCGAGGACGAAGAUGAGGAGCAUGAAUUCGAAGGAGGGCCAAGAAAGAGGGCGAGAACUCUCGGAGGCAAUUCGUCGAACACCUCACAGGCAUUGCAACAAUUGAAUGGAGAAAUGAUGGGUAUGUUGCAAGAUGGGAGUAAAAAUUCAUGGGAAAAGAAGCAAUGGAUGAAAACCCAUUUGGUUAAAUUGGAAGAACAAGGGUUGAAAUUUCAAGUUCAAGCUUUGGAAUUAGAAAAACAGAGAUUCAAAUGGAUAAAAUUCAGCAGCAAAAAGGAAAGAGAAUUGGAAAAAUUGAAGAUUGAUAAUGAAAGAAAAAGGCUUGAGAAUGAAAGGAUGAUGCUUUUGUUAAGGCAAAAGGAGAUUGAAUUGGUUGGUGUUGAGCCACAACAUCCUUCAAAUCCGUCUUGUGUUAGUGCUUGAUGAUGAUGAUAUUGAAGAAUUUAAUGUUAAUCUAGCUUAGAAAAGCGUUUGUUUCAUGGUUAGUUUAAUAAAAUUAUUAGGAUUUUACUUUGUAGUGCUGAUAAUUUAUAGAAUUUAGUUUUAUACUAGUUGUAAUAGGAUAAUUGGUCAGAAAAAAUCUUUUAAAAGCA